AUGAAGGUUAUUAUUCUGUUCACACUUUUGAACAUCUGGUCAAAUGUAGAUUGCAAGUCUUGCUCAUAUUCUCCAUCGCAGUGGUGUACCUCUUUGGCCUCGGCCAUCGAAUGUGGGGUAAGAUAAGUUCACUUGACGAGUUUCUUGUCGUAAUUAAAUGUAUGCAAUAUUUUGGUAACACACUGACUUAAACUGUGUGUUGUGGUUGUAUCGCUGUAAUUGGGUUACACGUUACAACGGGUGAGAACGUUGUUGGGCGAAAGUGUCCCGAGGAUAUCUUCGUAGCCUAUGUCUGUGUUUUGUUUUUGUGUGUUUUGAUUGGUCAGGGGUAAAUUAUCUCCGAUCACAACUGAGGAAGCAACUGGGCAAUUCCUUGGUUACGGAAUUAUGCCAAGAGUUUUCACUUUAAAAUACUAAACAAAAACCAUUGAUUUCAAAGUUUAACAAACCAUACAACUUUUAUGCACAAUGACUCCUAACAAUUUCCACAGAACAUUUUACAAAAACACAUUUACAGGAAUAACUGUGCAGAUAAAGUUUGGUAACAGAAUAAAACUGUAUCUUGUUCAAAGUAUUAAUUGUGCAUAGAGUUGUAUGGUUUUGUUAAACUUUGAAAUCAAUGGUUUUUGAUUGGCAUACAUUUUAAAGUGAAAAUUCAGAGUCUCAGCAUAAUUCCGUUACUGUGCCCAAUUCUUACUUCAAUAGAAGAGAAUGACAAAUGUGAAAAAUAAUAUUAAAAUAGAACAUCAACACCCAUAAUUGUCUCUACAGAUUCUGCUUCACAUAUCAUAUCUAUACCAUAUUUAGGCAUAACAAUUCAACCAUACUGUGUGUGUGUGUUUGUUAACUUGUGUGGCUUUACUGUAAAGGGAACAAAAAUACACGGCACAAGAAACAGGUUCUCAGUCGAGUCUUUACUUUUAUUGUGGCAGGUUCUGAAGCAGUGCCUGGAAGCCAAUGCCACCAAGCCCAACACGCUGGGGCAGUCAGUUCAGGUGGAGCUGUAUCUUGAGAGUCUGUGCCCAGCAUGUCGCUUCUUCCUCACCUCACAGCUCUUCCCCACAUGGACCAUGCUGCAGGACGCCAUAAGUGUCACACUGGUGCCCUACGGAAAUGCACAAGUACGUACACUAGGCUAGAGACAACAACUCUCAUCUCAUGACUCUUGCUUUGAUAUUGGAUAUUACUUGGAUGUUGUUAUCAGUGAAUGGAGUUGAGGAAUGUUUAGUCAAAGUAAUUUCUGUUUGUCUUACUACAGGAAUCUUUUGAUGGGAAGAAGUAUCAGUUCACCUGCCAGCAUGGCGAAGAAGAGUGUCUUGGCAACAUGAUCCAGGUGAGAUUUUGGUAA